GAAGCAAGUGAGCGGAGCAGAACUAGGCAGCGGAGGAGGAGGAGGAGGAGGAGGCGGCCAUUGUGUGGGAUCGUCGCCACUGCUGCUGCCCUCCUUCUGAAGCCCUUCCAUCGCUGGCAGAGUGCAGUCUGCACUGAGCAGAUCACCUGUCCUUUACAUCGCUGGCUGCAGAUCAUUCAGAAGCAACCCAGCAAAUUCCUUCUGGCUUCAGGCACAGAUGUGAUUAUAAGGCCUUUACAGCCUCAUCUUUCUGCUUCUUUCUUCCCUGGGCUUGCGGAUUUUAAGGUGCUGUUGCAGAAUGCCGAAACGUAAAUGCAAAUUUAGUGAACGUUUAGCAAACAAAUAUAAGUUAUUUAAAGAUGGUAGGCAUAAAUAUGAAGCUGAGUGCCUCAUUUGUCCUCCAGGAACAUACAUUUCCGUAGCCAAUAAAGGGUCACAAGAUUUGGAAAUUCAUCUCCAGUCCCAGAAGCACAAGAGGAAUGCCCAAAGUUACUGUAACAUUGUGGAGUUAUCAAGUUUUUUCAGUCAGUUAUCAAAAUCGACACAAUUGGUAAAUGCGGCAGAGGCAGCGCUGGCAUUUCACACCGUUAGCCACUAUUCGUUGUAUCGAUCUAUGGAUUGUACACCUAAGCUAAAUGCUGAAAUUUACUGUGACUCUGAUAUUGCCCAAAGUGCGUCAUGCCCUAGGACAAAGACUGAAACUAUAAUAAACAAAAUUCUUGGGCCGCAUUCUGUUGAUGUGACAAUACAGUCCUUGAAAGAGAUCUCAUGUUUUGGGGUUAGCAUAGAUGAUAGCAAUCAUCUGUCUCUGAAAGUGUUCCCAAUUUUAAUCCAGUUUUUUGAUUAUAAAGCAGGAGGUAUUCAGAGUAGAGUUAUAGAGCUUGAAGCAAUUCCCAGUGAAACUUCGGACACAGUUUCAUCCUACAUAAGCAGUACGCUAAAACACUUUGAUAUUCUUAACAAAUGUGUAGCAUUUGCUGGUGACAAUACAAACACUAAUUUGGGGGGCCUUAAAAGGGCUGAGGGUAACAGUGUUUUCAGCAAACUGAAGAAAAGCGUGAACAAGAAUUUAGUUGGUAUAGACUGUCCAGCGCAUAUCCUUCACAAUACUAUUCAACAUGGGGCUGACUGCUUAGCAGUUGAUUUGGAGUGUGUAGUCAUCAAACUGUAUCAUUAUUUUUCCACUUAUGCAGUAAGAACAGAACAACUGAAAGAGUACUGUGAAUUUGUUGAUACAGACUACAAACAGCUACUGUCCCAUACUAAAACCAGGUGGCUAUGUCUGUUUCCAGUGAUUCAUAGAAUACUUGAGACGUAUGAAGCUUUGCAGUCAUAUUUUUUGUCUUUGCCUAGUCCCCCUAAAAUCCUGAAGGAUUUUUUCUCCGCUAGGUUGAGUAAGGCAUAUUUGUGGCACCUACAUUCGUUAAUGUCUGUUUUUUAUGACAACAUCAAGGAGAUUCAAAAAGAAAAAAAUUCCAUCAUUGACAUAAUGAAUAUAAUAGAAAAUGUAUCUUCCCUGCUGGAGAACAGGUUGGAAAGCUCCUUUAUUUCUCUUAAGACUAAAGAAGUGCUGUCAUGCGCCCGGGAGGAAGGAUUUGAUAGUGAAGUGGAUUGUUUUAUGGAAGAAGCAGUGUCUCUGUACAGGGAAUGCUAUGGUUAUUUAAAUAAAUGGAGUGUCUCAUUUGCAGAUUUUCACUGUUUCAAAUGGAUGGAUUUGAAAGGAAAGGUACUCAUGAAAGAUGUGGAAACAUGUAUAAACUUUUUGGGUGAAAAGGGGAUCUUGAUUGAUGAUGCAAAAUGCUGUGACCAGUUGUGUAAUUUGAACAAGUUUCUUGAACACUACAGCACAGACCUUGAAAGUAGGUCAUCUAAUGAUAAGUGGGUUAAAUAUUUUGAGAGUUGCAAACAUGACGAAUGCCACUCAGAACUACUUAAAAUGGCAGAAUAUUUCUUUUCACUGCCAGGACACAAUGCAGAUCUUGAAAGUUUUUUCUCCUUAAUUUCAGCACAGUGGACAAACGAAAUGAAUAAUUUAAAUGUCGAUUCGGUGAAGGGUUUGUUGCUAGUAAAAUACAACUUUAAGCAUUUGUCUUGUUCGGAGUUCUAUAAGUACAUUGUAAGCCAACAAGGCAUUUUAGCAGAGAUAAGCUCAUCAAUAAAAUACGAGUGAGUACAGCAUAAAGUACAGGACAUGUAAUAUAGUUGUAAAUAAACAACAUGAAGUGAAUUUAUAUUUCUAUAAGUGUUUCUGGCUUUUGUUUUGUAAUGUCCUGCUGCAUAACAGUUCUACAUUUUGCAGUGUUUUGUCCUCCUUUGAGGUUGUGACAUCUGGUCACCCUGAGGCCAGAGGAAGGUUUGGCCUGAGAAAUAGAGGUGCUUCCAGAGAAAGAAAGAAAGAAAGAAAGAAAGAAAGAAAGAAAGAAAGAAAGAGAUUGUCCCGAGGGCAUGAUUCUCAAUGUCUCUGCCCUGCUGUAUCUGAAAUGAGCAUGGACAAGCAAUGCAAUAAUUUUUAUUUGAGAUUCAUGUAGGAAUUGUUGGCCAGGAUAUGUUACAUUCAAAAUUCAUGCAUAGAUCUUGCAGCUUGAACAUAAGCAGCUUCCUUUUAGUCACUAGAAACUUUCACAUAUCUUCAGGGUGACCAGACACCCCCUUUUUCCAGGACAUGUCCUACAUUUAAACCUUCUAUCCAGGAGGAAUUCCAGAAUGACUUCAGUUUUGAACAUGACAUAAAAGCCCAUUGAGUAGCACCACAUUUGCUGUUCCCCUUUGAGCAAAACCACUACUUGGCAGCCUUUCCUCACUGCAAACAGGGGGAGAGGAUGGAUCCUUAUAAAGUUCUUUUUUUCCUAGGAAUAGUAGCAGACAAGACUCCGGAUUCAGAACUUGGGGUGCAUUUGUUUCUCUGAGCGGAAAAGGGCAGCAAAUGGUGUAAUGGGCUACACUGCAAAUGUUGAAAGGGUUCUCCCCCCCCCCCCUUAAUUUCAGAACAAUAGACAAAUGAAAGGAAUCAUUUAAAUGCAGCUAAGGAUUUGGUUGCUAGUAACAUACAAUUGUAAGCAUUUGUCUUGCUCAGAGUUGUAGAAGUACCUUGCAGGCCAACAAGGCAUUUUAACAGACAAGUAUGACUGAGUAUAUAAUACAAUAUGGAAUAUGUAAUAUAGUUGCAAAUAAACCAUAUGAAAGGAAUUUAUAUUUA